AUGUAUCCCUCUCAUCAUUCAGCCUCCCUGUCCCAUAGACUACAGUAUAUAGAGUCCCAUCACUCAGCCUCCCUGUCCCGUAGACUACAGUAUAUAGAGUCCCAUCACUCAGCCUCCCUGUCCCGUAGACUACAGUAUAUAGAGUCCCAUAGGCUACAGUAUAUAGAGUCCCAUAGGCUACACUAUAUAGAGUCCCAUAGGCUACAGUAUAUAGAGUCCCAUCACUCAGCCUCCCUGUCCCAUAGGCUACAGUAUAUAGAGUCCCAUAGACUACAGUAUAUAGAGUCCCAUCACUCAGCCUCCCUGUCCCAUAGGCUACAGUAUAUAGAGUCCCAUAGACUACAGUAUAUAGAGUCCCAUCACUCAGCCUCCCUGUCCCAUAGACUACAGUAUAUAGAGUCCCAUCACUCAGCCUCCCUGUCCCGUAGACUACAGUAUAUAGAGUCCCAUCACUCAGCCUCCCUGUCCCGUAGACUACAGUAUAUAGAGUCCCAUCACUCAGCCUCCCUGUCCCGUAGACUACAGUAUAUAGAGUCCCAUCACUCAGCCUCCCUGUCCCGUAGACUACAGUAUAUAGAGUCCCAUCACUCAGCCUCCCUGUCCCGUAGACUACAGUAUAUAGAGUCCCAUCACUCAGCCUCCCUGUCCCGUAGACUACAGUAUAUAGAGUCCCAUCACUCAGCCUCCCUGUCCCGUAGACUACAGUAUAAAGAGCCAGAAGGCUGCUGUUCUUUGUUCUGUCUUCAGUGGAGUUGGACUAGGAAGUACAGACAGGACAUUGUUUUAUUUCAUGAAUUCAUACACAUCCUUCCCUCUGUCCUUCAUUCCUCAAGGUGUUCACUGAAGAAACUAUAUGAUGUAACUGGAAACCUGCCCAAUUCAGUCACAGUAUUGAAGGAAGGAAAUCUGCUUUUAUUUUAUGUGUUGUAAGUGGGGCCCCUACGAUUCAUCUUUUCGUUAAGGGCUGAGAGUCGUUUAGUUUUUCUGGGGGUGGUGAAACACACCGAAGGGAAGAGUUUAUUUGGUUAGGAAUCGAUCAAGAAGGACAAUGCAGUAGUUGAUUUACCAGACAGAUAUAAUCCCAUAGAUGGUGCUGUUUUUUACAUUUCUUUUAAUUGGUGGUUUUAAUUGGAAGAACAGUUGUCAUCACACAGUCAUUUCUUAUGAUUAAGAAAAGGUUUGGUAAAGAGACAGAAAUGGCUGCUGGUUUGUAACUUGCUAACUAAACGCAGGUUUACCGGGUCGUGGAUCUCAAAACCUUUUACAAUUCUGGCUGCUUAACAAAAUAAUAUUGAUUAUCUUGUUUUGCCCUUUUUUUUUAUCAUUCCUAUUUAUGUGGGGACCUACAAUGAAUAAAUGAACAUGUAUUUUUCUGAAAGGAACGUUAAUGCAUAGCAACAACAACAAAAAGUUAACUGUAAUGUGUUUACGUUUUGCUCUUUUAUUUAUAGAAAUGAUUUGUCAGGGCCAAGAGAACUUUUUCAAACUGUAAAUCUAACUGUUGUGUACAGUAUUAAGGCAGUGGGACAUAGAAGUUGAUCGGCUCAUCGUUUGAAUGUAUCCAUUGUCUUCUGACGAACUUCAGACCUCUCUGGGAAAUAAAAAGCGAGACGUUUUGAUGCCUUGAAACUUAAGUUGAA